UAGUCGACGCCCUUGUGCCAAAGUAACAUGAUAAUACCCUGUCCAUUUAUAAGCAUCCGUCUUGAAAAUUUACCAGGGUUUGAGUUUAAAACACCUCCCUGAAGAUACUAAUGAAUGCUGGCUCGUGCAUAAUGAAGGGACCAGUAAUAUAGAGUUAUAGGUUCUUUGGGAGAAUUCAAGUAAGAAAUAGGCUUAGAUCCGAAUAUAAGACCAUUGAUUGGCUCGUGGAAGGGACCAGUAAUAUAAAGUUAUAGGUUCUUUGGGAGAAUUCAAGUAAGAAACAGGCCUAGAUCCGAACAAAAGAUAGUUGAUUGUUAACCGGGCCCUGUCAUCCAUGUUGUACAUACUAAUUGGUAUAGCCGAGGCAUUAUGCGUAGCUGCCUUGGUAUUGGUCGGGAUAUGGAUGGGCGUGUACCGAGGGGGCGUGGCUUGGGAUGGAUCCACCUCCGAAUUCAACGUCCAUCCAAUCAUGAUGACGCUUGGUCUCAUUGUCUUCAAUGGUAACGCCCUAAUGCUGUACCGUGCAUGUCGGCGGACGCCACACGUUUGGGUAAAAACGGCACACGUGGUCUUACACUGUCUUGCCCUCAUCUGCGCAUGCGUAGCUCUAGCGGCCGUCUGGCAGUACCAUGAUGCCAAUGGUUUACCAAACGUCUACUCAAUCCAUAGCUGGAUUGGAAUAACCGUCUUCAUCCUUUUCGCUGUUCAGUGGUUGAUUGGGUUAUUCAUGUUCGCAUUUCCAUGUGCUAGUCUACAACAACGAGAUAGAUACAAGCCUCUUCAUAUCUUCUUAGGGGUCUUUAUCUUCGGAGGUGCGUGUGCUGCCGCCCUCAUCGGCAUCGAAGACAAGCUGAUGUUGUCCAUAUCCACGACGUAUUCCUCGCGUCCACCAGAAGCCUACGUAGCCAACUUCUUUGGUUACGUCAUACUUGCCCUGGCAGCUGUCGUGACCUUCAUUGUGACCUUUGCCCCUUGGAAGAGACCUGAAGACAUUGCGUCAGAGUGGCAGCCUAUUGUGACGUCUACUCCUGCAAGAGGCUUGAACAUCCAAGAACCAUCCGAUUUAUAAACAGGGUCUUUAACAGAUCGUAAAGACCUUCGAGAAAUCAACUCAAGGCCAAUUUCAAUAUCACAUUAUACAUGUAUGAUUAUGUCAAAGAAAUCAUGUUGGGUUAUGGUCAUGGUUAUAAUUGCAGAUGGGUGACGGACAAGGCUAUUGGAAUUUACUUUAGAUUUUUUUUCCUCGAAAAUCUUUACGUUCGUGUUUUAAUUAAAAUAUGAAAAUGUAAAAAUAUAAUCUUAAAUAGUCUUACCGGCUAUUUUUUUUUUGUAUUGCUUGUGGCAGGGGAGGGGGAGGGCAUUUUGUGAAUUUCCGUUCUCUCUUGGAAGCCUGUAACUAAAGGCUAGUUCAAAAAUGACGCGGCAUGUUUUCUGUUUCUUCUAAUGAUGACGUAAAGUGAUAAAGCGUAUCUAAUAACACACACCUCUGUGAAUACAGGCAACAUGCCCUUCAUUUGCACGUAAAAGAAAAACUGCUGCGCGUUUUUUUUUUUUUUUUUUUUUUUCUUCUUCUUUUUUUCGCUGCGUUCAACUGCGCCAUAUCAGAACAAGCCUUUACUGGGUAUUCAAUAUUAUUAUUUGUAAGAGGUUAGAUGGCUAUAGUGGUGUCGUGGUCGAGUGCAUAUGUCACUGGACUGUCGAUCACAAGGUCCGCGGCACUAAUGUCCUUUGGCAAGACAUUGAUCUACAUUUGCCACACCCAACCCAGGUGCUUUAAAUGGGUACCUGGCGUGGCAGGAAUUAAUUCCGUAAUGGGGCCGUGCUAAAGCCAGGGUAAUAACCGGGAGCGCCUGGAGUGUCAAGUCUGACAGACAUGAGAGCUAUACAAGAACCCACUAUUAAUACUAUUAUUAUAUGAUCUGUACCCUCAUUCAAAGUACAACAGCACCACUAAUGAGAGAAAUACUACUUUGAAUCUAUUUCAAGUUCAGGCUCAAAUUUCGUUCAUUCGUUUUUACUUGUAUCCAAAAAUGCAAUCAAUGUAAGUUAUGAAGUUUUGUGUGAGAACAGAUGAACAAUGCAGUUAUACUAGCAUGAUUGCAAAUAGGAUUAAUCUAAUGUCGAAUAAGGUAAGACAAUCGGGAUGAUACCAGUGAUUAAUGGUAAAUAAAGAGAUAAGAAGGGAUAGAUGCGAUAGAAAUAUUUACAAUUUAUUUUGUAUUUACCUAUUAUAUGACAUUUUAAAGGAAAAGUCCACCCUGAUAUAAGUGGGUUUAAAUAAGAUUGAUGUACUGGGCUAUAGCAGGAAAUACGGGAGUGUGAAGAGGAAUGAUCAGAUAUAUAGUGAGGAAGAAGUUAUGAUCAUGAAGCUACAUGAAGCUAUAUGUAGCUGUAUGUUAGGUUUAAUACAGGCAAUGUUUAGUGAUGGUUUAUUUUUUAUAUGUAUCUUUUUUGUUAUGUACCAAUCAUUAUUGAUGACCUGUAAAUAUUGUGAUAUUAGUUUUAAUUUAAUAAAACAUACAAAUAAAAAAAUUAAUUGAUUUAAAUAGAAGUAGACAAAUGAGAGGAGCAUGUCAGUGAAAGUUUGAGCAAAGACCCGCAUUCAAAAUAAGAAAGUUAUGAAAUAUUUCAAUUUCAAUUUAUUCAUGUUCCAAUAAAACAUUACACAUCAAUUAUAAGCAUUUAAAACAAAUGUAGAAAUACAUGUUGAAAACAGAGGGGUCUUCUAAAAACAAUUCUUGUACAAGUGUGAACACCUCAAAUGAUACUUAGGAAUAAUGAGUAAUUAACAAGUCCGUAUAACUACAAAAGGAACUUCAACAUAGGGGGUAAGGGGGAUGCUAACAGAGACGAGAAAGGGACGAGCCAUCGUCACCUAUAUGCCUUAAUAGAAGCAGCCGAUGGUCUCUUUCAGUUAUUAUCUAAUCUAAAAGUAUAUACCUAAUAUAAGGAUAGAUAAUAAUUGAAAUGAUACAUGUAUAUAGUACACAAACAGUCAAUGCUAUCUAAAUAUAAAGCGCUAAAUUUUUUUCUCUCCCUCGCUUGUAAGAAUUUAGAAACUAGAUAAGUCAUAAUGUGUGCAUGAGACGUCUAGUAAAUCAUUGUUUUUUGAUAACUGUAUUCGACUGUGGUUUUUUGCUUUCAGCAGAAAUAUUAAGGGUAAAUAUUCAGACUGCUCCUCGGACAAUAAGAACACAGUCAUCAUCAAUCAUGUACAGGAACUUGAGUGAUUCCUACUACUGUAUGUCUGUAUAUAUCUUCAACUGGUGUAUAUUUCUGUACAUGUAUUACAUAAUAUAGGUCAUAUAUACAUUUCCUUUGUUAAGUCUCGAUAUGGUCUUAAUUAAAAAAUCUUGAAUUAAAACAAA